AUGCCCGGUAUCAUGGACCGGAAUCAGAAUGGAGACCAAGCUGAUGAGGAUAGACUGUUCGGGAUAUUCUGGAAAUGCGCUCGUGUAGGAGAACGGCUGAGUCCGUAUGUCAGCAUAUGCUGCUUCUUGAUGGCGGUAAGUUCCCUCAAACCAAAGAUCGAGGAAGAGAGAGAGCAUGGAAGGAAGAAGGAUGCUAAUGCCACUGUUGAUACAGUGCUCUAUCUUCUUCGGUGGCUAAACACCUUCACCUUUACAUUCACCUCACGGAAGAUAAGUCAUUACGAAACGAGGGAUAGAACGACAUAUUGCUCAGAGGAGGCUGCGAUGGUGUUAUGGAUCGGUUCACUACAAAGCGAUGGCUAUUAA